AUGACAAAUAUAUUGAUUGACAACACAUUCGUUACGAAGGCAUCGAUUCUUAGGCUUUUGCAGAGAUAUGAAAAUACUUUUAAAACUAUUCACGAAUUCAAUGAGUUCUGGAAAAGAGUUUAUUUCAUAGUCCUCUACACAUACAUACCGUUCCUCUUGUUAUCAUUGCAUCAGAUAUUGUUCGGUGCGUUGGAUAUGAUAUUCAUACCACUGGUGAUGGCAUUCACUUUCGCCUCGAUAUUCGUGUCAUUCAUUAAUUUGAUCACAUCUUCGGUACUCAAUGAAGCAAAACGAUCGGAACAGCUGUUUGUCAGACUGUAUCUUACGGUCAAUUCACUCAGAGAUCCUAAUAUUAAACUCAAAUUGUUAUCACAGAUGGAAACCAUUGGCAAUAAUAAGCUGUCGAUUGGCUUCUCGUGUGGGAAUCACUUCUUCAUGAAUUCAUUGAACGCUUUCAAAGUUUACGUCAUAUUCUGUCGGAUUUGGCACAAAAUGAUGUCUCGUUUGCAGCCAAACGGCGGUUAUUAUCGUCGCAAUGGACCCGAAGUGACCCAAAGGUUGUGGACAUGUCUUCGCAAGACAUCCGGCUAUGAGACCAACAGAAGACAAUUCAUGUCCAAACUGUGGCUACAGAACAGCGAUGUCUUCGCCGACGAGAAGCACCUGAAGACCGUUGUGGACAACGCUUUGGACGACCGACUGGUCGCUGAAGACAAGGUGUUGUCGUCGCCCAACACUUCCCGCGGCUAUCGAUUGGUGCCAUCGAUGGACAGACGACGACUCUUCGCCGAUCAGACCAGCGAUUGGUAUUGCUUUGAGUGCCACUCGUGUGAACCCGAUCUGCCACUAAUGGCAUGCAAGUCGUGCUUCAGAGCCAUUCACGAGAAGUGUAUCCAUUCCUCGGAAGCGGCCAUCAGUGGUGAGACAAUCGCCACUCAAUCGUCGGAUAACAAGACUGUUGUGAACACCGAAGAGUUCGAGUGUCAGUACUGUCGCCGCAAAACAAUGGUCUACCCGUUGGCCGACUCGCGAGUGGCCGACCGUUUGGAUCAGAUGUCGGCCGAAGAGAUGCGGGAAUUGAUUAAAACGUUUUACGCGACACUCGAGUCAAGUAUGGCUUCGGAGGUCGAUGUCUACCAACGGUUCCCAUUGGCGAUGACGGCCGAGACAUCGGUCCAUAUCUUCUAUUACAUGGAUUUACCGCUAAUUCGGCGCAAAGUCUUUGAACUCCAGAACUACACGACAUUCGCUGAACUCGAGUCCGAUUUGAGACACUUUUGCCACAACUUCGCGGUCAUCAACGGUCAGCAACUGAUCCGCCCGUUCGUCGACGGCCUGAACGCUGAGCUCAAAGAGUUGACACAUUGUCUCACGUGUUAUCUCUACUCGAGAGCGCCGGUGGAUCAGCGCCUGGAGCCCGAGGACUGGUUCACGCGUGUGUGUCAACCGCCCCACCGUUUGGUUUACGCCAAGGUCUCGAACUACCCAUACUGGCCCGCGAAGGUCAUCGAGUGGCGCCGGGAGUCUAAGGAAUGUUUGGUUCAGUUCUUUGAACCGAAGCUCUUCUGCAGAGCUGUGGUCACCGAAGACAAGACCAAAGAUAUUGAGUACAUGUUUGACGCCAAACACGUGAUGAACGGCAAGAUGAACACCUCUUUCGCACUCCUCUGCAAACAUUUAUCUAAUUUAAGACAAUUUGAUCCCAAUUUCCAAUACGAGAAGACACUGAACCGUUUGCAACGAUUGCUGUCCAAAGAAGUCCACAAAAAGAAGAGUAAGAGUCUAAUGGGUCUGAAAGUUGAGACGAAUCUGAAUCCCAAGAAUGAGACCAUGAAUUCAUUGAAGAGGAAGUGGUCUAAAGAAGUGGUCGAUAGAUAUGACUUAUCUGUGGAUCAGUUGCCAGACAUUAGCGAUAGUUUCUAUGAUAAAGUGGUUAAACAAAUGAAUGGAAACACAAAUGUGACCACUACUUGCGAAUUGGCGUCCAGUAGUGGCUCAGACACUGACCGCCCGGAUCAGGUGUUGACCCCACCAGUGAAUAGUGGUGUGAAAAAGGUUGCGUUGGAUUUAAGUCGAAAUAAAAAGGACACAACUUCUGAGCCGCCGUUUAAACGCCUCAACGCUCACAAAUCGGUCCAAAAUAAGGCCAUCAGUACUACCGAACCAUUGCCUCAAAUCAGUGAAAGUGAUAAGAAAUUAGACGUUCAGUUCAAAGACACCCACAGCCAAGAUGAACGCAAUAAAGCAUUGGAGGCGCUGUACGAUCGCGUCAGUCUCGACCACCCGGACCUCCCGACCUACAAACUUAUACGAGAGGGUAAUCUCAAUGUUAACCAGAAGUAUAACUUAUUAGUUGGACUUAUGCAGAAAUUUCUGACCCCUAUUCUGGGCAAACGUUAG